AUGGCUACUGCUCAAAGUGCAACCCAGUCGCAUGGAGAUGCGGAAAUGUUGAAGCAGCCCAUACCUCGGAGCAGCGGUGUGCAAGAGGAAGACAACCAAGAUUCGAUCGGUUCGAACAGCCCGACACCAACCGGAAUUGCGACUCCACAGCCCGAUCUAGCAGAUAAGCGUCUGCCCUCCCUAAGCUCCAGUUACUUCCAGGUUGGUUCUCCCUCAAACAAUAACACGCGUCGUCCCAACACCCGGUGUUCUUCUUCUGAGACUCGUGCUUCCGCAUUUUCUUUCCAGUCGGAAUUGUCCGCUGAAGGAAGUCGGGAUUCUCGAGUUUUUGGUCACAAUUCCUCCCCUUCGGACUCCUUUGUCAUGAUGGAGCGCCCGGAGGUUAUGGACACCAAGUUAUCUGUCGCUUCGCCGGAUCAGAAUCUUGAGACGAAUAUGAUAAUACCAGAGACAUUGCCCCCCACCAACCUACCUACACCCCCGUACCACUCCGCUUGUUCCCUUUUGCAGAAAGAGCCGGAUGAGACUGGAUCUGGCUCCUUUACCUCGGAGAGAGGCAUGAGUUCCAUUUUCAAUACAUUGAAGAACUAUCUCUCGCCCGCCGGGAGCAUGUCUUCUUCUGAAUCUCCAGCCCGUCGUCAUACCUCUCUGCCAGUUUCCAGCGUCUCUGGCGACCCAGUCCUUGCCACACACUUCUCCAAUCCCUCCCUCCCUCCUUACAUGUCAGAUGCCCUCUGUUUGGCGGAUGCCCCUCUCCUCGCACACGAAAAACCACCCGUCUCUAUGUCCUCUGAGAAUCUGGCGAAGCUAACUGGAACCGUGUCGGAUCUUGUGCGCUUAAAGAACACACCCCCACUCACCCCACGGGCCAUGUCCAACGACGGCUCGCAAUCCGACAAGAAACCGGUCACAUCGUCUCCUCCGACAUCAAACCCCGUACCAGCUCAGUCCGGAGAUGAAACAAGCUCAACGGACGAGCUUGCAGGGAAGCUCAAUGACGCCUUCCCCCCGGAGAGAGAUACCCCGUCGCCGCCCAAUGGCCCGCCCGUGGCCCCACUGAAGGGGAAGUUAUUUGUCAAGAUUUCUGAAGCUAGGGGAUUGCGACCCGGAUUUGACCCUUAUGUUGUAUGCGUCUUUGAAUGGAACGAAGCGAUUUCGAAGAGUGCCCAGGAGGAAGAAGACGCAUCGCUUGAACGGCAGCAGAAGGAGCAAGAGAGUCUCGAGCCCGAAGCAGGACGACCGAUGGCGAUCCCGAUGAAAAGUCGGCAGAGUAGCAAUAACAGUGCGCUAGACGGUCCUGAUCACAGAGGUGGACGGGCUCCCGUGACCGACCCUCAUUGGAACCACGAAGCUACCUUCGACGUGUUUGGCGAUGAAUCGGAGAUCGAUGUGUCGGUCUAUGAUCGGAACAACCAUGAAGAUUUUCUCGGUCACGUGCGACUAUGUAUCAAUCUCAUGGAGGAUAACAGUCGCCUCGAAGGAUGGUUUCCCUUGGCUUCCCGUGGUGCGGGUGACUCUCAGGUAUCCGGAGAGAUUCACCUGGAGAUGCACUUCGAAAAGACAGAAAGAAAACAGGUGGGCCCCAACGAUUUCCAGAUCCUGAAGCUCAUCGGCAAGGGAACUUUCGGUCAGGUAUAUCAAGUCAAGAAGAAGGACACACGCCGCAUCUAUGCUAUGAAGGUUCUAUCGAAGAAGGUCAUCAUUCAGAAGAAAGAGGUUGCCCACACUCUAGGUGAGCGCAACAUCUUGGUACGGACAGCCAUGGCCGCUUCACCCUUCAUUGUUGGACUCAAGUUCUCUUUUCAAACCCCUACCGACCUAUACCUGGUAACGGAUUAUAUGUCUGGUGGCGAACUUUUUUGGCAUCUGCAGAAGGAAGGACGCUUCCAGGAGGCGCGUGCCAAAUUCUACAUUGCCGAGUUGAUCUUGGCCCUGCAGCAUCUACACGACCACGAUAUCGUAUAUCGGGACCUCAAACCGGAGAACAUUCUUCUUGACGCUAAUGGCCACAUUGCCCUCUGUGAUUUUGGUCUGUCCAAGGCCAACCUUACUCAAAAUGACACCACCAAUACGUUCUGCGGAACAACCGAGUAUCUCGCUCCGGAGGUACUGCUUGAUGAGCAAGGCUACACCAAGAUGGUCGAUUUCUGGUCUCUUGGUGUUCUUGUCUUCGAGAUGUGCUGCGGUUGGAGUCCGUUCUAUGCUGAGGACACCCAGCAAAUGUACAAGAAUAUCGCCUUCGGCAAAGUCCGAUUCCCUCGUGAUGCUCUGAGUACGGAGGGCAGAAACUUUGUGAAGGGCCUACUGAAUCGGAAUCCCAAGCACCGUCUUGGUGCCAAGGGCGACGCGAAGGAGCUUAUGGCCCAUCCCUUCUUCGAUGAUGUUGACUGGGAGGCCUUGGGUCGCAAGGAGGUGAUCCCUCCUUUCAAGCCUGUCCUUAAGUCUGACACGGACACCUCCAAUUUCGACCCCGAAUUUACCAAUGCUCUGGAAAACAACAACUCCCUGAAUGACCGCGCAGCUGCUCUGGCCAAUGGAUUGAUGCCUGCGGGGACGCCGCUGUCCCCAGGCCUGCAGGCCAAUUUCAAGGGAUUCACCUUUGUAAAUGAGAGCUCGAUCGACCACCACUUCAAGAACGACACGGGUGACCACAUGGUUGAGGACCCCGAGACAUGGCCACGAGCCCAACAGGUGUCCAGCAACCACAUGGACCACCGCAUGAGUGGCGUUCAGAGGACGGGCGACGCCGGCGAGCCUGGGAUCUUCAACGUUGACGACAAUUUCGACAUGUGAUAAUGGGCUUGAUGCAUGGAACUGGAGUUGUGAUUUUGAUUUUCUUGCUUUGUACAUGCUUCUAUGUCUGAGGCCGGAAUAGGCUGCAUAGCCCGAAUUCCUCUUUUGAUCAGGCUUGUUUCACGAAUCUUC